AUGGAACACAGCGGCUUCUACCUGACUCUCAGGUCCAUCUUCCCCCGCCCCUUAUGUCCAUCUUCCCCCGCCCCUUAUGUCCAUCUUCCCUUGCCCCUUACGUCCAUCUUCCCCCGCCCCUUACGUCCAUCUUCCCCCGACCCUUACGUCCAUCUUCCCCGUCCCUUAUGUCCAUCUUCCCCCGCCCCUUACGUCCAUCUUCCCCCGCCCCUUAUGUCCAUCUUCCAUCUUCCCUUGCCCCUUAUGUCCAUCUUCCAUCUUCCCUUGCCCCUUAUGUCCAUCUUCCAUCUUCCCCCGCCCCUUAUGUCCAUCUUCCAUCUUCCCUUGCCCCUUAUGUCCAUCUUCCAUCUUCCCCCGCCCCUUAUGUCCAUCCUUAUGUCCAUCUUGCCCCACGUCCAUCUUCCCCCGCCCCUUAUGUCCAUCUUCCAUCUUCCCUUGCCCCUUAUGUCCAUCUUCCAUCUUCCCUUGCCCCUUAUGUCCAUCUUCCAUCUUCCCCCGCCCCUUAUGUCCAUCUUCCAUCUUCCCUUGCCCCUUAUGUCCAUCUUCCAUCUUCCCUUGCCCCUUAUGUCCAUCUUCCAUCUUCCCCCCGCCCCUUAUGUCCAUCUUCCAUCUUCCCCCGCCCCUUAUGUCCAUCUUCCCCCGCCCCUUACGUCCAUCUUCCCCCGCCCCUUAUGUCCAUCUUCCAUCUUCCCCUUGCCCCUUAUGUCCAUCUUCCCUUGCCCUUAUGUCCAUAUUCCCCCGCCCCUUAUGUCCAUCUUCCCGCGCCCCUCAUGUCCAUCUUCCCUUGCCCCUUACGUCCAUCUUCCCCGCCCCUUACGUCCAUCUUCCCCCGACCCUUACGUCCAUCUUCCCCGUCCCUUAUGUCCAUCUUCCCCCGCCCCUUACGUCCAUCUUCCCCCGCCCCUUAUGUCCAUCUUCCAUCUUCCCUUGCCCCUUAUGUCCAUCUUCCAUCUUCCCUUGCCCCUUAUGUCCAUCUUCCAUCUUCCCCCGCCUCUUAUGUCCAUCUUCCAUCUUCCCUUGCCCCUUAUGUCCAUCUUCCAUCUUCCCCCGCCCCUUAUGUCCAUCUUCCAUCUUCCCUUGCCCCUUAUGUCCAUCUUCCCCCGCCCCUUACGUCCAUCUUCCCCCGCCCCUUAUAUCACCACCAGCACCCACCCAGUACCACUCUACACCAACCAGCCACAUCCAGAGAGGCCAGCUCUAUCCUACACCACCAGGCCCUAUCCAGAGAAGCCAACACCACCCUGCACCACCAGACCCCAUCCAGAGAGGCCAGCUCUAUCCUACCCCAUCGGACCCCAUCCAGAGAGGCCAGCUCUAUCCUACCCCAUCGGACCCCAUCCAGAGAGGCCAGCUCUAUCCUACCCCAUCGGAUCCCAGCUCUAUCCUACCCCAUCGGACUCCAUCCAGAGAGGCCAACACCACCCUGUACCAUCGGGCCCCAUCCAGAGAGGCCAGCUUCAACCUACACCAUCAGGUCCCUUCCAGAGAGGACAGAUCCACUCUACACCAUCGGGUCCCUUCCAGAGAGGACUGAUCCACCCUACACCAUCGGGUCCCUUCCAGAGAGGACAGCUCCACCCUACACCAUCAGGCCCCAUCCAGAGAGGACAGCUCCACCCUACACCAUCAGGCCCCAUCCAGAGAGGACAGCUCCACCCUACACCAUCGGGCCCCAUCCAGAGAGGACAGCUCCACCCUGCACCAUCGGGCCCCAUCCAGAGUGGCAAACACCACCCUGAACCAUCACCCCCCUUCUAG